AUGUGCAUGGGCUCCUCAUACUUUGACCGCUACUGCGCCCCGUUUUUCCUGUCCUUCCUUCGCAUCUACGGCGCGCCGUCGUCGCCGUCGGUUCGGCUGCGGAUUUGGGUCAUGGCCGUGGAGCACGCGCAGCUCCGCAAGGCACGGCGCCUGCUGCGGCAGCUGGGCCACGGCCUCGUGGACUUCGACGAAGGCAACUUCAGCGCCCUGAAAGAGCAGUGGUCCCAGGAGCAUUCUGGUGGGGUGGAGGACUACUUGGAUGAAACGACCGGCCCGAUUUCCAAUCGACGCACAGGCUGUCUGCCUUCAACAUAUCACGACAAUGGGAUUACGAUUGAAACUGUCUGUGAUCCAGGAGUCCACGAUGAAAGGAUGCUGAUUAACAAUGCAAACUUCUUCAUGUGGGUCAUCCAGCAGGUGAAAUUGCCAGAAAACAGAGACUUUCAAUACAUCGUGACAAUCGAUUCGGAUAUGCUAUUUUGCAAGUCCUUGGAAAGAUUCCUGCCUUUUAACCAAACGAAUGGUCCUGAGUGGGACUAUGCCUUUACAGUGUAUGACCGGGAGCAUGAAGUGCCAUGGGGCAGCAACGAGGAAGUCGCAAAGACCAAGAAUGGCCAUGUGCGAUUGAAUGCUGGCGUGCAACUCUUCAAGAACAGUGGGACAUUGGUGCCAUUUCUCACCCACUAUUUGGAAACCAUUCAGUAUGUCCUGAGAUGGGGCGAUGUCCUGAGAUGGGGCCAUGCCGGCCAUGGAGCAAACGAAGACUAUGAAAAUCCGGUGGCGAAGCUGUUGGAGGAGUUUAAGGCGCCCAACCAGGCUGCCAUUGCGCUGAUCGUGGGGACAUCCAAUCUGCUGUACGACGACUGCAAAGUUUGUCGGCACACUCUGAAUCUCGAAUCCAGUCCUGAACUUGCGACAACUUUGGGCAGCUUCUCUCUGAAGGUUCAAGCGCUUCCCAUGCGCUACCUGAACCAAGCUGAGUCCUUGAAAAAUGGUGAAAUUCCAGAUGACCUUCAUAUGCUUCACCUGAAGGGUCUGUGGUGGCGAAUCCUGGUUAUGGAAGCGACAGCUCAUCCGACUGAGACCCGAUGCUACCACUGGAAUUUUGAGGCGUAUGUUUACUGGGUUGCCAUGUUCAGAAUUUGGCAGCCUGACUACGAUGCAAGUCUAACCGUCAUUUCUGAUGUAUCCAAAUGCAACGACACUUCAGUGGGCGGGCCAAGACAGCAUCCGCUGGUCUAG